AUGGCGAAGCCCCCGGCGGUGGCGGCGGCGGCUGCAGCGGCGGCGUCGGAGGAGCUGAGCCAGGUGCCGGACGAGGAACUGCUGCGCUGGAGCAAGGAGGAGCUGGCGCGGCGGCUGCGGCGCGCCGAGGGCGAGAAGGUGGGCCUCAUGCUGGAGCACGGCGGCCUGAUGCGCGACGUGAACCGGCGGCUGCAGCAGCACCUGCUGGAGAUCCGCGGCCUCAAGGACGUGAACCAGCGGCUGCAGGACGACAAUCAGGAGCUGCGCGAGCUCUGCUGUUUCCUGGACGACGACCGGCAGAAAGGGCGCAAGCUGGCGCGCGAGUGGCAGCGCUUCGGGCGCCACGCGGCCGGCGCCGUGUGGCACGAGGUGGCCCGCUCUCAGCAGAAGCUGCGGGAGCUCGAGGUGCGCCAGGAGGCCCUGCUGCGCGAGAACCUGGAGCUGAAAGAGCUGGUGCUGCUGCUGGACGAGGAGCGCGCGGCGCUGGCGGCGGCGGGGGGCGCUGGCGGCAGCGGCGGCGGCGGCGGCGCGGGCUCCCGCAGCUCCAUCGACAGCCAGGCCAGCCUGAGCGGGCCCCUGGCGGGCAGCGCGGCGGGCUCGGGGGCCCGCGACGUGGGCGACGGCAGCAGCACGUCCAGUGCGGGCAGCGGCGGCAGCCCGGAUCACCACCACCACGUCCCACCCGCUUUGCUGCCCUCGGGGCCGCACAAGGGUCCCGACGGCAAGGCCGGAGCCACGCGCCGAUCCCUGGAUGACCUGUCAGCGCCGCCGCACCACCGAAGCAUCCCUAACGGCCUGCACGACCCCUCAUCCACCUACAUCCGGCCGUUGGAGACUAAGGUGAAGCUGUUGGACGGUGACAAGCUCCCCCCACAGCAGGCAGGCUCCGGAGAGUUCCGGACACUUCGGAAAGGCUUCUCCCCAUACCAUUCUGAAUCCCAGCUCGCAUCCCUGCCGCCCUCCUACCAGGAAGUCCUACAGAACGGCCCGGCCUGCCCCGUACCCGAGCUGCCCUCACCCCCUUCCACCGUCUACAGUUCGGCAGGACAGAAGCCCGAGGCUGUUGUGCACGCCAUGAAGGUUCUGGAAGUACAUGAGAACCUUGACCGGCAGCUUCAGGAUAGCUGUGAGGAGGACCUGAGUGAGAAGGAGAAGGCCAUCGUUCGGGAGAUGUGCAACGUGGUCUGGAGGAAACUGGGGGACGCUGCCAGCACCAAGCCCUCCAUCCGGCAGCACCUGUCUGGUAAUCAGUUCAAGGGGCCAUUGUAGGGCCAUUUCUCCGUGGAUGUGGACUGGCCCUCCCUGCCUGGAGUCUGAGGCCCUAGACCUGGCAGAAACUCUGGUCUAGCCACCGUCUUUUUCUGUGGUGAAUUGUACAUAGGACACGGCCCACCCUGGCUUGCCCUGGUGUGACACUGACAACCAGGCCUCCACCUCCUGCCUCCCUCACCAGCAAACCUUGGGAAGACGAGAAGCCACUUGCCGGCUCACUGCAGCAAAGUGGCCAGGCAGCCUGGCUCCCCGUUUGAGCUCCAUGUUGUUCUAUUAGCAAGAAGCUUUCAAGACUCCAAACCAAGGGACUGUCUGGGGAGAUGCCCUGCUCUUGGUAGAAGUCCCUCAACAAGUAUUGUAACUUGCUGUCCCUUACACUGGACAGAAGCCACCAGAGCUGGAAUUGCGACACGGGUGCCGCUACCUUUUCUGCUACCCUGCCCGAGCCAGGACCCUGGGCCAUGGAGCCCUGGCUCCCAUGUGUCCGUGGCUGGCUGGGAGCUCAGGGUUCCCUGUCACCUGAGGGGGUCGGUGCCCAGCCACCCCGAAGCCAGCUGCUGCUCAUUGGCGUUCACCUCUUCAGUGACGUUUCUCUGCCCAUGCCAGGCUUAGCCACUUCUUAGGUCUCUCCUGCCAGGUUUUCCUUUUUCUGGUUUACAGCAACAUAGGAAAGUCCUGGAGAAUGUCCGGGCUUGAGCUCGGCAUUCUCUAUGGGCAGGUAGAACUGGGCUACUGCCCUGGGUCACCAUCAGUGUGACCCCCACCCCCUCGGUGAGCUCUGGGUCACUACGGAUGGAGCUACGGGAGCCGCCCCCGAUGAGUUUUCCCUGGGAAGGAAGGGGCAUGACCUGGUUCUGGCUUUAAUCUGCUGCGUGGUCUUCAGCGAGCUGCUCAGCUCUUCUGGUCUCCCCCACCCCCCAGAGGUUCCUCUUGGCUUUGCCCGCUCUAGAAACCACCCCAGUUAGGUGGGCCUCUGUCCUCCCAAUGGCUGAGCUCCUGUGGUAACCUACCGGGAACAUGCUAGGCCAGGCUGUUUGUCAUGCUGUCUCCUCACAGGUCACAUCUGAGCCUUAGCCCCUCCCUCCAAGGGACCUGGGGGUCAAAUGCGUGCUCCAGUGCACGUGUUCACCCCUCAGACGGCGGGCGACGCAUGACUGACAGGGGUGCUCUCUAACAUGGUGUGAGGAAAAAACGAGGGCUCGGGUGCUUUUGUGAACUGAACACAUGAUACCCGUAGGAGGCCCUGGCACCCUGCUGGCAUCCCUCCUACUGUGUAUUUACAUCACACCCAUCUGCUGUCCUCACGAAAUGUUACUCAGAGCUCCAUGCAGCAAGCCCAAAGAGCUUGUCCUCACCUCAGGUCCCUCCCAUACCCUGUGAGCAGAGGGGACAGGCCGAGAAGGUGGGUGGCAUCCUUGCUUCCCAACCAGCCAAGGCCCUUGGGUUGUUCCUAGCACCUUUGCUGCCCACACCCUUGGGUCCCACACUCUCAGGGGAAAGGCCCAUAGCCCUCAGUGUGCCCAGUGAGUGUUGUAUAGGGCCUGUAGGGGACUGGCCUACUGCUCUGGCUGUUGGCGUCACUGGGAAGCUCUUUCUAGAAGCUGCUGUAUGAUCAAGGGAUAAAACUUGGAACUCUAUCUGCUGGCCCCGGUACUGGGCGAUUUCUAAGUGGGCUGCUGGGCGGGUGGGACUCUUCCUGGUUCUUUUGAGGCCAAGGAACCCCAGAAUAAUGUUGAGGUAUGUGGGUCCACACAAAGUGGGAGCCCAGUCAGAGAGUCCCAGUCAAGUUUGUAUCAGGAUAGCUUAGCCACCUCUGAAAUAGCAAUAAGAGUUCCCGAAACCCGAAGAUGGGCCGAGAAAGCAGAGCCUAGAAACAACCUUUCCCUUUUGGAGAGGUGUGACCCUGUCCCCAAUGCUGCAGAGGCAUCCUGGGAAUCUAAAGAGAGUUUCUCGUAGACCCCCUCUGCUCUUGUGCAGGGUGGAUUAAGCUACACCCCAGCCCUUAGCAGUGGGCUGGUUCUCCAGGACAGCCUGUAUCAUAUCUCAAACCUAACAGGAGAGGCCAGCAGCAGCCCGGUCGAGCCUUGGGCUGGGCAGGGCAUGUGGUCUCCAAUGACCCCUCCCUUCUGGAGCCUUAGCCUUCACAGUGCUGACUCUCCAUCUAAGCUCACAAUAUGCUUGUACUGGCUCCACACCCCCACUGUGACAGGCCACCCUGCCCCAUCUCGGUGGCCUGGCCUUUCCGGAGUCAGAAUCUGCUGAGCACAUACCCAUCUGUCCAACAGCCACACGCCAGUAUUUAAAGACAAAGUGACCUUUCAUUUUUCUUUCUUGAAACUUGAGAGGAAGUGAGAUACAUACUACUGAUUUUUUUUUUUUUUUAAAGAAACAAACUAAAUGCAUGGCUGCAGCGUGGCAGAGGUGUCUAUUUUCAUACUGUGGGGGAAAGUGUGCUGCUUUUGGGAGGGGCUGGGACGCCUUGUUUCUCUGCCCUGGGCCAGUCUUGUAUAGGAGUUGACGGGAGUGCUGCAGCUGCCCCCUCCUGCCGUGGCUGUGCAGAGCUGGAGCCUGUGGACUUCGGCUGUUUCUACCUUCUAUUGAACCACUUUGAUUUGUGGAGAGAGAAAAAAAAAAAUAGAACUUUUGAUAGCGUGGUAAAAGCAUUGAUUUGAACUAUUUUAGUAAGAGGAGUAACAUAUAAGAUUGUGACAGUGUCUACUUUGAACUAGAUAAUAAAGGCCUCUUUGUGAGCCUCGGA